CCACCCCCCAAAUAAUUCUAGAACAAAAGAAAUGGUUUUGAACGAAUUGGAACCUAAGGGCAUGUAAUGUAAUCUUCUGGCAUAACUAAAGAAAAACAAAUCUGUUUUUUUUAGUAAGUUAAUGAACUGCUGCAAAGUUUCUUAGCUUUUUUUUCCUUCUGCAUUCUGGCAACUGCAACUUUAGUUAAUAAGAAAUAAGGGGAAUGGCUGGCUUAGAGUUGAACCACUGGUAUUCAAGGGAUUUGAGUCUAAAUGAAAUGUUACUGAUUCUGAUGGGGAGGUUUAAGUAGCUAUUACGAUUUAUAGCUGGCCUUUCUCUCCAUAACUGAAACUGCCCCGCGUUUCAUAAUGGAAACAGAGUAGGACCUACUGGACCGUUCCAGGUGUGGUGGCUUUUUCUUAAAGCUUGGUUGGUCCUUACAUACCUGAGAAAAUCUCGUUUCCCAGAUCAAGUUGCUGACACCUCGUAUCAACCUGUUUCUUAAGGAGGUUGAGAAGUUUGAGCAGCCAGAGAGUUACUGAAUCGUAGAGAUGGAAAGGACCGUAAGAUUAGCAAGUCCAACUCUCAGAGCUUCUGAGCAAUGGACACAUGAGUAAUGGAAAACAGCCUUCUGACACCUCCAGCAACAAGCUCUGAAAACACCAUCAAGAUAAAUCUGAAUUUCCUAAGACUUAAGAUCAACACCAUGGAUGGGAAAACAGCCUCACAGAAAGCAAAAGAAAAUCCAUUUGUCUUGGAUAAAACCUUUGGAUCACAUCCUACGAAGGUUGCAUCUUUCUCUCUUUCCAAGUUAAAGAUAUUUCUUGGAGCGCUGGCAUUUUCUUUUUUUGCCAAAGCUUUUUCAGGAAGCUACAUGAAGAGCAUGAUGACUCAGAUUGAGCGGAGAUUCGAGAUCUCAUCGUCGGUGGUUGGCUUGAUUGAUGGGAGCUUUGAGAUAGGAAACUUACUGAUCAUGGUUCUGGUGAGCUAUCUUGGACCAAGAGUUCACCGCCCCAAAGUGAUUGCAACAGGUUCUCUAAUUAUGGCCUUUGGAUCCUUUCUAUCAGCAAUGCCACACUUUAUCAUGGGACAUUACAAUUACAAAAGUAUCGCUGUUUCCUUGGCCAAUUCGUCUACAAGUGUUUCAGCUUGUGCCUCAGCCACUCCCCAUCACUACACUGUUGCCGAAAGUUCCCACAACACAACUGCAGUUGAAUGUGAAGAAAUGAUUAGUUCCUAUUUGUGGGUCUUUGUGUUUGCUGGGAACCUUCUACGUGGAAUUGGGGAAGCACCCAUCAUGCCUUUGGGAAUGUCUUACAUUGAUGAUUUUGCCACGGAAGAGAACUCUGCCUUUUAUAUAGGAAUUGUGCGGUCUACAGCGAUGUUUGGACCAUGUCUUGGCUUUCUGCUUGGAGCAUUUUGUGCUGGUUUGUGGGUUGACAUUGGAGCAGUAAACCCAGAUACAUUGACCAUCAGUUCCAAAGACACACGUUGGGUCGGUGCUUGGUGGCUUGGGACGCUGAUUUGUGGUGCCACCAGUUUUAUGUCAUCUCUCCCUUUCUGGUUCCUGCCUUACUCUUUGCCACAAGAAGGAGAACAAGUUGUUAAGAAGUCAACUGAAGUUUAUGUAAUCACUCAAGUCAGCCAGAACAAAAUGGAAGCUCCUGGCUGCCCAAAGAUGAAGGUUUCGGAAGUGGCAAAAGAUUUCUUUCCUACUUUGAAAAAGCUGUUUGGAAACCCCAUCUUCCUGAUCUAUUUGCUCCUUACAAUCUUCCAAUACAAUUCUCUGGUUGGCAUGGUAACCUUUGAAUCCAAGUUUAUGGAGCAGCAGUUCAACAUCGCUGUUUCAAGAGCCAUCUUUCUUAUUGGUGUGAUUGUCUUACCUAUUGCCAUUGUGGGGAUAUUCCUGGGAGGUUUUAUCAUCAAGAAGUUCAAACUGCACAUUGCAGCCAUGGCGAAGUUUGCCUGCAUCACCUUUGUGACAGCCUUCCUGUUAAACCUGUUUUACUUCGCCGCCAGUUGCCAAGUGCCUAAAGUGGCUGGUUUGACCGUCAACUACUCUGGCAUCAAAGAAGUGUCCUUCAAAGAGAAGCCGUUAUCUCUCUGCAACUCUGACUGCAGCUGUGAAGAGAGCCACUGGGAUCCAGUUUGUGGAGACAACGGUAUCACCUACAUGAGCCCAUGUUUAGCUGGCUGCAAAACAUCCGUGGGAAGUGGAAAGGAUUUGGUAUUUCAAAACUGCAGUUGCGUAGGAGUGUCAGGAGCUGGUAAUUUUUCUGCAGUUCUGGGUCAAUGUCCAAGGGAUAAUUGUGCAAAAAAAUUCCCUUACUUUUUAGUGUUGUUGUCCAUCGUUGUAUUUAUCUUCUCUUUGGGAGGAACGCCUACGUAUAUGCUUAUGUUUAGAUCAGUUUCACCAGAUUUGAAAUCUUUUGCUGUGGGCAUCGAAGCUUUGUGCGGAAGAGUCCUUGGGGGGCUCCCUUCCCCAAUUUACUUUGGAGCUUUGAUUGACCAGACCUGCUUGAAAUGGGGUAUGAAAACCUGUGGUGGAUCUGGGGCUUGCAGAGUCUAUGAUACCAAAGCAUUCAGAAAUGUCUACCUCGGGGUCAUUGCUGCACUAAGAUUUGGAAGCGUCUUUCUUUAUCUCAUCCUUUGCACUCUAAUCAUAAAACGUUGCAGGCAAAGCUAUCAAAUGACGAAGGACAUCAAAACUGGAGAAAUACUUGACACUAAGUUGUCCAAUAUCAGUCCAAAGACAGAAGAGUCCUCUCACAAGGAGAUGCAAGUUGCUGGAGACACUCCUUUUUGAAAAGGUCAAAGAACAUUAUCUUGGAUGCUCGUGCAGACAAUGGCUGCAAAUUAUGGAGUUAUCAUGAGCAAAUUGUGGAGCUCCUGACAUACUAGUCCUUGACCGAGCCAAAGCACUGCCAGUCAUCGGAGUUAAACAUUGACUUUAGCAUCAAAUGUUGCUUCAGAAAGAAGAAUCUAGAACUCAAAGUUCAAAGAAGGUCUUAGAUUAGGGGUGUCAAACUGUCAGCUCGCGGGCCAGAUGUGUCAUGCCGAAACCGCACCCACCCCAUUGCCGGCAAUGGAAAAAAAGUUGUGAUACAUUGCGACACCUCACGUGAUUUGCAAGUUUGACACUCCUGUCUUAAAUCCUGAAGAAGAUAUCUGAGGAGCUCCCAUUAAUGGUCCAACUGAGAUUGUGAUAUGACUCCUGGGUGAAACAUGGUGGUCUUGGGAAUUCAUAAACAAUAAGGUUGUUAAAAUUGGGCAAUGCCAUGUCAACUAUGGCACAAAGAAGUGGAAGUUGGAAAAGGAAGAUGUGGUUUUGGAACACAAAAUGCAAACUCUAUGUUGCAUCAUAAUGAAAAAGCAGAGGAGAUUUAAACAAUUUCUCCUCGUCUUCCUCCAGUGCUAAGUUUCCGUGAAACUCUUCCCUUCUGAAAAAUGUUCUUCCCUUUUGGUUUGGGAUGUCCAACUUGGCAACCUGUGCCAAGAUCUGUGGACUUCAACUCCCAGAAUUCUCCAUGCUGGCUAAGGAAUUCUGGGAGUUGAAGUCCACAGGUCUUAAAGUUGCUAAGGUGGGGCACCCCUGCUCUACCCAAAGUUUGCACAAGUAAAGUUUACUGGCUAAUUUAGUUCCUAGAGCAGUGGUUCUCAACCUGUGGGUCGGGACCCCAUUUGGGGUCGAACGACCAUUUCAUGGGGGUCGCCAAACCAUGCUGUCCGCCAUUUUUUUCCCUUUUCCCUAGCUGUCCUACUCCCUCUUAUUGGUGGCCACACCCACUUGGGGGUCACCACAACAUGGGAAACUGUAUUAUGGGGUCAUGGCAUUAGAAAGGUUGAGAACCACUGUCCUAGAGACAAUCACUGUGCAAAUUGCUGGCUAUUGCAGAGUGUAGAAGACCAGUGUAUGUGGUUGUGAAGGUCCCACAACAGGAGAUGACACUAAAAGUCAUGCUUUUCUCUCAAGAGAUAAUGACUGCCACAACUUGGUUAACUGAACUCUGGUUUACUAUGUUAACCCAAUAUUCUGUGUUUGUUUAUUUGGCUGAACUGUAAGCUAAAUUUUCCAGAUUGGCUAGAUUCACAUAACAAAAUAAUCCAUAAACUAACCACAAGACAUUUUGGACUCGAGCACUUGUGUAAAUACAGGCUUGAAAAGACCAGUUCUGAUGUUUUUGGUUUCUAUUACUUCAUUGUUUAGACUUUUUAUGAGUUUACAGCUGUUUUCACCUUUUUCAGUUAAGUAAGUUGGAGAGACUUCUGCUGUGUUUACACAACACACCGAUCCAUAGUUUACAAAGCAGUUUAAUUCCAGUCUGCCUUACAGAAAUGAUUGUAUAAAUUAUAAACUAACCUCCUGUGGUUAGUUUAUAAUUUGGUUUUUCACAAAAUAGUUUUCACACAAUAGCUUGUGGUUUUCACACAGUAGUUUGUGGUUCAUAUGAACCCUGCCACAGAGAGAACAAAGAUUUGGGGAAACUAUUUGUAUCGGGGGGUGGGGGGAAUUGAGAUUCCAAGAUGGCGGUGAUUUCAACAUCCUUUGCUAAUGGAUCUGUUGCAAAAACCAAUGAAGAACUUCUGAGAGAGUAAUUUUAACCACUGA